GAGUAUCUCCCUGGCUUCCGCUGGUCCGAGGCUCCUGAGGACCUGUCCCUGGAGUAUCCCAUCCUGGAGAACAUCUCCUCGGGUGCACGGUUCGCUGUCACGCCUGCCAUAGCCCCGGAGAUUUUGGACGUACAGUGCCGCGACGGCAGCAAUGCUACGUAUGCUUGGUCCCGGAGCACUGGUGACAUCACCCGUGAGGGAAAGGUGGCCUUUAACUUGGACGCUUCGUCUGGACUCGCGUCUGGCACUUCCGCCUUAGACCUUUCGGCUGAGGGCCGCGGAAGAAUACAGAUCAACUGCAGCGUCGCGCUCGGCGGCCAAUUGUACGACAAGGUCCUGCCAGUAGCGCAGCUCACGGUGGACGUGGUGGACGACACGUGCUGGGUCCCCACCGAGGUUUCAGGACUGUUCCGCUGGAAGACGCUGCCUUCCCUAAGCGAGUGUUUCCACAUCUGCCGUGAGAGGGCAGACUGUGCAGGGGUCCAGGAGGACGGCAAUGGCACAUGCCACGCCAUAGUCAGUGAUGGCCAGCAAGAAACCUUUGCUGGUCAGGUGCUUGUGCGCCUGGCAAACUGCUCGGAGGAGGAAACGGACCUAAACCUCACGGCCAAGGGUGCUUGGUACGUGCAGGGAGACUAUUCCCCGUCAAAUGUCUUCAAGCAGCAGGUGUCGUAUACCCGCGCGGGAACCACGCCCGAGUUGCAGUUCCAUUUUAUUCUCCGGGAGUUUACGCACAUGCAGCUCCCGCAGGCUUUGAUCUCAGGGCAUUAG